UUAAUUGUUUUAUCUGAAAUAGUACCUAAUCUAUCAUUGAAUGCGACCAGGAUCCAUCACGUACAAUGAAGGCUUCACUGCACCAUAAAGUUCUUGAAGAUCCUGAGUUUGGAGAUAACCUUCGAGUUGGAUCUGUCAUGAUACUUAACCUUGUUAAAUCCUUUUGUGCCUUUAGGCCGAACCACUACCUCAAUAUUGUUCACCGCAAUGUAGUCAAGGUCUUUCCCCCUGAAAUUAUUCCUCCAUCUGCUGAACUGGUGAAGGAAACUCCAAAACCGGUCAUUCGACUUCCAAUGUGUGGUGAGAACAAUGACCAAGUGGAUGCCAUCCUCCGUAAAUUUGUUCGACCAACUGAUCAACCAUCAACAUCUACCAAUCAACACCCAACUCAGCAACCACCAAUAUCCAGUCAUGGACCACCAACAUCAUCCAAUGUACCACCAAAUGACCAACCAUCGACAUCAGUGAAUCAACCNCACUAG